AUGGUAAACUGCUUCUCACGGCGCUCCGUAGGUCUGUUUCUUGACACACCUCUUCGGUACGUCGUAGUUAACUCACGGGUGCAUCCUCAAAAGAGCUCAAAGAAGCUAGUCACCUCUCCCUCGCUCGUUUCGUCUUUUUCACCUUCUUUUGCACCGGAUGAAUUUUUAAAGCCCGUGCUGAAUAACGCUCUCCUACUACCCAAGUCCAUGGAAGAGGCUAUGCAGUAUGUAAAUAGUGCAAACUACGGUUCGAAGGGUGCCCAAAUUGUAUUUCACGAUUACAACUCCCGUCGUUGCACGCUAUGUGAUGUCAAGUUAGAGUGGAGCUACGCCGCACACGCCUCUACAGUCGAACAUCAGGCCCGAAUGGGGAUUUUAGAGAGGUCUAUUGCGCUUCUCGACACCUAUUUUACGCACCUGCUAGGAAUCAGGGCUAAUUCGAAUGCCGUAAGGCAAUCUAGAUUGGAGCUGCAAAGUCCAGGUUCAGUGUUGCUAUUCACCCACACUUUGGAUGGACAUGAGCUUCCAAUGCCUGAGAAUUUCAGGACGAAUCGGAAUUUACUUAAAAAAAUUGAUUGGAUUGAUCUUUUAAUCCAGCGUUGGUGGACGAUGCUUAACCCGAGGUAUGCUGGCGGCACGUGCGCCUUUGACUUUCUGCGGAUUCCCUCCAUGAGCACAAACAACCCACGUCGGCGUCUCUGGCGCUUACGAUUCCUUCUGCGCUUAUUGAGGACUAAAGGAAUUCUACGGGACAGCAUUCCGAGCUCCUCAAAAGUCAGCUUUGCGCGCUCUAAUCGCUUCGAGCGGUGCGAGAUGUUGGGGGAUAAUAUCAUUAAAUACGUCUUUUACGACCGCUUGAACGUGCUCUUCCCACCCACGGAAGGUGGCGUCUGCAAGAAACUGGCAUUAAUUCAGCAAAUGCUAGACAGUAAUGGAGGCCUGCUCGCGUUAUACGACUAUCUAAAACUAGACGCGAUGAUUGGGUCCAAUCUGGCAAAUAACAAGUCUAAGGCAGACGUUAUUGAAUCCCUUUUUGGAGAGCUUCAGACUUUUCUGUGGGCUAGCGAGAUACGGCAGGGGAUCGACUUCUAUCCUGCGUUUCUUAACAAAGACUUCGUCUACCUACGGGCGAUGGUCAGCCAUGUGCUUCACGAGCUCGCACACACCGCGGUGAUGUGGCGUGUGGAAGAUACACUUAAUAUCUCAAGGGCCUUCGUUAAGGCCUAUCUUGAAAAAGUAUGGACCCAUUCGGAGAGAACCCCUGGCUCAAAAAGUGGGGUGACGUUAGGGGAAAAACAAAUCAUCGAGUACGAGAAUCGUCUUGACCGCCACCCCUACGCGCCCCUCCCACUUCUCACGAUGUAUAGUCGUUAUCAACCAAAGUUUCGCCAAGGGGGGAAGGAAGCGUGGAAUUACUCACGGGAUAUCGCCCCAGUGCGUGCGGGGUUGCAGCAUGAGUACCACAGACUAGUCUCCUUAGAACCCUUUCCAGAGCCGCUAUCCAUGCAGCAGCAGUACCGGCGGAACGCCUUGCGUGUUUGGCGUGCAAAGCAGAAGCCAGAAGCCUCUACGGUGGGAACGAACUUUGUUUCGCAGCCGUCUCCGAGCAGCACGUCAUCUGAACAAUCUUUAGGAGCCUCACGGUAUUCGCUCUGGAGGCAGCACGAGGAGCUCAGGUGUGCUCGACAAAUCGAGAGUGAUGCGGCCGAAGCCUUCCAAUUAACGGGUGAGGAGUUGAGUGGCUUAAUGCUGGAAAAAACUAGACAUCUGGUUCAGCUAUUAUUUGCAACGGUGGAUUCGAUGGAUGUGGAGAAGGGGUGCUCCGAUUUUUCUGACACGCCACAGCCGCAAAACGCUAACCCACAACCUUGGACUCUCGCUAAAGUUUUGGAAUACGCAUAUCAGUAG